AUACAUAUACUUCCUGCUUCAUUUCACAUCCCAACUCCCAGUCUCAUUUGUUUUUACGAUGAAUACACUUUAUACAGGCUCUCUUUACUUCGAGUAAGAGUGUGUUAUACUUUGAUGGCGCGAUGGACUGUGGAUAUUGGCGUAGAUGCCUUCGUGGUUGGAUCACCUUACUAAUAAUGCAGGGGCCCAGGUUCCUGAUCCAACUAUAGAUUUUCUCCUUUCCUGUUAAAUUUGGUGCCAGUGACCACCCUCUGCACUUGCAGACUAGAAUGUCUAAUUUGAGCUCAAUAUCUCCAAAUGGCGAAAAGGAAGAGCAGUUUCUAGAAAAUUAUUUUUCUUAUGUUAGUCACUGCGAACAUGACAAGGCAAAAGAACUUGCAGAGAAGGAGAGAGAUGCCCACAAGGCAUUGUUUGGGUCCUCCUGGGGUCUGUUCUUGAUGUCCCUUUCACAGUUUGCCUCAGCAGAAAAGACCUAUAUGUCACUUGGGUUUUUGGAACAGAGAGGUUUCUUCACAAGAUCCAAAGAGACAUUAAAGAGUGGCUACCAGACUCUGAUGUACGAGUUCAGACGCGUGGAAGAGGCAGUGAAAUCCACAGAGGAACAGAGUUUCGGAAUGUCACAUAAUGCAUUAGAAUUUGAAAAGUUGCUAGCUCACCUUUGUGAUCAGCUGUGCUUUUUUACACAGGCCAGGCAAGAGACAAUCAACUUCUAUGAACAAGUGCACAUCAUGGGGAUGACAAAGCAUGUCAACUUUGAGGACCUCAACAUGGUAAUAAAGGAAAUUAUAGCUGUACACAGCAAAAACUUCCACCACCCAAUUUUAGCUCCCUUGAAAACUGUCUUUGGAUUUGAGUGUGAUACUUUAAACCUCUUACUGGUUGCCCAGACCACAAUGUCAGACUGGAUGUUCCUGACAGCUCUACUACACAUUCAUGAGGCCCAUACAAAGCUCUCCAGCUGGGGGGGACUCAUCCAGCCCAAAGAGAUUAAGAAGUCGACCUUUGGAGGCUCUAGUAAACAUGGAUCACCCCCAGCUCUCUAUCAAUGGCUGACCAAGUUCAAAAAUCUCCUGCUCUCAAAAUUUAGUAUCUACUUUUAUGACAUAUUGCAAAAGCAGGCAUCACCCCCGGAAAUGAAGUCUUUGAUAUCUAAAACUCCGGAUGAUUUUGUGACAAGAAUUCAGACAUUUCAUAAGAAGGCUGAUGCCUGUCAUGUGUCGUUGGUUCUGAACACCCAGGGUCUGGACCGGGUGUUUCCUGAGGGGUACCAGUAUCCCGGCAGACUGGUGGAAACUCCCCAGGGACUGAACACUUUUCCUGCUAUUUUCUCCUUCCCUGGGGAGAGACUAUCCAAUCAUUUCCCCGCAGUGGUGAUGAUGCUGACGGAGUGGAGAGAUCGGGAAGAGUUGAUCUACGCCCAGGAUAAGAUACACUAUAUGUAUGACAAGGGGUCACACUCCUCCUACUUCUACACACAGGUCGACACACGGACAAGUCUAGUCGUUAUAUUUGAGAGCAAGAAAUCAGAAAAAGACUCGUAUGUGAAUAACUUUAUGAAUGACAUAGCAACCCAGUUAAGGUGCACAAAGUUCUUUACAUCAUUAAAACCGGGGUCAAAGUGAAAUAAACAACUGAAACAAACAAGAAGCGAUAUUUAUUUUAAAAAAAUUCACAAACUCAUUCGUUAUUUCAAUAAAAUAAUAUUGUAGUAUGA